AGAGCGCGAGACCUGGCAGCGGAGAGACCUCGGGGCGGGAGAAAGGGAGUGUGCUGGUGUAUGUAGAGAAGAGAGAGAGAGAGAAAGAGAACGAGAGAGAGAGAGAGAGGUUGGGAAAAGACUACCACCUCUAUCCAUCAGCCGAGCAUCCUGCGGGAAGUCACUUCGAGCGCGCGAGCCGUCGGUGCGGCAUUUCUGUCCGUCCGAGCAAAUGGAUCAUUAAACAGCGCAGGAUGUGACUGAGGGACCCAAAUAAGAAACUAAACUAUUAUUUCUCGCGGCUCCAAUCACGCUGGUUAGUCCCUUAUUGUUUUAUUCUUUCACCUGGGUUUUUGUUUUCUCUUUUCAUCAUUAAUGUGUGGCUGUUUCGGCGAACACUUUCGAAGUGAUGUCAGGAGGAAAUAUCAUAAAUGUAGCUGAAUGAAUGAAAAGUUCAAAGAUUUUUCAUGGAUGGGGUCUAAUCUAAUGUCAAGCUGGUUGUGAAGGUGUUUGAUCUGGUCCCCUCGACCCCAGCCGGAGUCCCAAUGGCUGCUGGAGUGGCAGCCUGGCUCCCCUUCGCUCGGGCGGCGGCCAUAGGAUGGAUGCCCGUGGCCAACCUGCCCAUGCCCGUCGCACCGACCAAUAAGAACAAGCAUCAGGACGAGCUUAUUAUCCUCAACGUCAGCGGCCGACGCUUCCAGACCUGGCGCAACACGCUAGACCGUUACCCUGAUACGCUCCUGGGGAGCUCCGAAAAAGAAUUCUUCUUCAAUGAGGAAACUAGGGAGUAUUUCUUUGACCGAGAUCCGGAUUUGUUCAGAAGUAUUCUUAACUUCUACCGCACAGGGAAGCUGCACUACCCACGCUAUGAGUGCAUCUCUGCUUACGAUGAGGAGCUGGCGUUCUUUGGAAUCAUUCCUGAAAUCAUCAGUGACUGUUGUUACGAAGAGUACAAGGACCGCAAGAGGGAGAACAUUGAGCGUCUUAUGGACGACCUUGAGGACAACAAAGACAGCAAACUCCCAAACAUGACUUUCCGCGAGACCAUGUGGAGGGCCUUCGAGAACCCACACACUAGCACCAUGGCGCUGGUUUUCUACUACGUAACCGGAUUCUUCAUCGCCAUAUCUGUCAUUACCAACGUGGUUGAGACGGUUCCUUGCGGUUCUAUGCCGAACCAGAGAGACAUCCCUUGCGGUGAGCGCUACACCGAGGCGUUUUUCUGCAUGGACACGGCUUGCGUAAUGAUCUUUACGGUGGAGUAUCUAAUGCGACUGUUCGCGGCGCCCAGCAGGUACCGCUUUAUGAGAAGCGUGAUGAGCAUUAUCGACGUGGUGGCGAUCUUGCCAUAUUACAUUGGGCUCGUCAUGACCAACAACGAGGACGUAAGCGGAGCCUUCGUCACGCUACGGGUGUUCCGCGUCUUCCGGAUCUUUAAAUUCUCCCGCCACUCCCAGGGUCUCCGGAUCCUUGGCUACACGCUGAAGAGCUGCGCAUCCGAGCUCGGCUUCCUCCUCUUCUCCCUCACCAUGGCCAUCAUCAUCUUUGCCACAGUCAUGUUCUACGCUGAGAAAGGCUCCUCGUCCAGUAAAUUCACCAGCAUCCCGGCCUCCUUCUGGUACACCAUUGUAACCAUGACAACACUAGGGUACGGAGACAUGGUCCCUAAGACCAUAGCAGGAAAGAUCUUUGGCUCCAUCUGUUCUCUCAGUGGGGUGCUGGUCAUCGCUCUGCCUGUUCCUGUCAUCGUUUCCAACUUCAGCCGCAUCUACCAUCAGAACCAGAGAGCUGACAAGCGUCGGGCUCAAAAAGUUCAGAAAGCCCGACUGGCCCGAAUGAGAAUUUCCAAGAGUGGCAGCUCUAACGCCUUCGUGCAUAGCAAACGAAAUGGACUCAACCAAUCACUGGAGCUAACGCAGCUCCCCUAUUACAAGAUGAAACUUUCACCACAGGGCUCCUUGGAGGAGGACCAACAACUGAAGAAGACCACAUCUCUGCUGGAGAGUCAACAUCACCAUCUUCUGCACUGCCUGGAGAAGACCACGAAUCAUGAGUUUGUGGACGAGCGGCUGUACGAACAGGGGUACCUGCAGACAGCACUACAGAACUUCCCAUCGCAGAGUCCAUCUCUCUCCAGUGAAGAGGGCAUCACUGGCACCUGCUGCUCUCGGAGAACCAAGAAGAACAUGCAGCCUCUCAGUGCCACACACACACACACACACAACCUACAGGAGCUCAGCGCGUUACACAUCCAGUGUGGGGAACAGCAACCACUAAACACCAGUCGUUCCAGUCUCAAUCUGAUGUCGGAUGAAUCAGGGAGUCUGAACUGCAAGAGCAGUGGACUGGUUACCACGGCAAUCAUCAGUAUCCCAACCCCUCCCUCAAACAACUCUCGAGCCAGUCCUGACGCUCCUCCCCCUCCCAACCCAGACGCUCCGCCUCUUCCGAACCCUGGCACCGAUGUGGUGAAAAUCUCUGCGCUGUAGGAGAAAACAGAACUCAGGAAGAGAAACUGAUGAGUAGCCUGCCCCCUAGUGGGAGAAGGAGUGCACUGACUCAGACUCUCUGAAAAGAAAUAGAAGAUCAACAAGGAUGUGUCUGUGUAAAUGAGAGAGACGGCAAAGCAAAGCAGGAUGACCAUGAGUAUUCGAUCACUCUCCAUCAGGACUGAUAUAGAUGAGGGUGUCACUGCAGUGUCACUGUGCAUAAAACAUUUCUUCUUAGUUUUCUGUUGGGUCAUAGCCUACUGUUUUUUUGUUUGUUUGUUUUUUAAUUACAGAUGGAGGCAAGAGGUCAAGCGUUUGUUUUCAUCUGUGAGUCUUGUUUGUUUAAUAACAGUCCGUUAAUCUGUUCCAACAUCGCAAACAGCCUCUCAAAGCCUCGGCUUUCUUUAUCCCAAUUAAGUUGUAUUUUGAUCUAGAGUAAUUCCUAAAGGAUAAGAGAAAAUCUGCUUUAGGUUUGAGGGAGACCGUAUGAGUGUGACAGCGUUUCUUAGACUGUGCUAAGUUUUUAUUUUUGGAAACAUGUGCGAUUGGUCAGAAUUAGGUCUAACUUGAAUGUUUCUGCCCCGUGUGUGUAUGUGUGGGUAAGAAUUACUGAAUCGUCCCUCAAACUCUCAGCCUCUCACACAGCUCGUGCCUCUCAGGGGGAAGAGAGUUUCCUUCUUCUUUAAGCCACUGUCUCUCCCUGAGUCCAAAACGUUGAGCCGACUUUGUAACGUUAGUUGUGACCUAUCAGACAUUACUAUGUAAUAUAGAACCAAAAAAACAAAAAAAGAGAGAGAGAAAGAAACAUGAAAGUGUUUUUAAAAACUCUGUGACUACAAGCACAAGGCGUCGCUGAGAUUUUGUGAUUACAAUGUGUAUCAAGCCUUGGUUUAACUGUGAAUAUUGUUGAUAGAAUAUUUUGUAAUAUUUAGCCAUUGUUUGGCGAAACCAGAGCAGCUGCCUACCCCGCCCCUUUUUGUCCACCCCGCCCCUUUAUGUCUGCCCCGCCCCUUUCCUCUGUCCACUGCUGGCCUGCUUCCUGUAGUUGUUCUGAUCUAAGUGUUAUUGUCAUUAUCGCUCAAUGGGUAUUUAAAAAUGUGUCUAGUUUGCGUAAAACUACAUGGGUAGGAAACUUUUGAUGUUUGUGUUUUUCAUUAACAGUGAAUGUUUUUGUUAACUAGAUUUCCAGUCAUGCGUUGCUGUUAGAGGAGAAACUGUCAACUGUACGAAUCAAUUAGAGAUAUUCUCCACCUCUUUUCUCUCCCUCCUUUCUGUCUUUGUCCUUAUUUGUCAGCCAUGUUCACAAGAACGGCAUUGCCAACGAGAGAACUUGUGGUCAUUAGUGGAAAGUCCCUGUUUCAUCUGUGUCGUUUACAAUUCACUGCCAGCAAUCAAUCGCAUGAUCCCCUGAGCUCCACCUUUUGUACCAUUACCCCCAUCCCAUGACCCUAAAUCCCACCCAUCUCCUUAAACCCCACUCACUUGUGCCUCUUACACCAGCAUACAUAGAAAGUACCCCUUCCUCCCUCCCUCCCCUCAGGACGUUAUUGCUCCAGGGCCAGAGUUUUAGUGUUCAGCGCAAUGAAACACACACUAGACCUCAUAUCAAUAUGUUUAAUCUUGUUUUGGCCCUUUUUAGAUAGAAUAAGCCAUAUUUUCCAGAAAGAAAAAUAGGAUUAAAUAAUUGCAUAACAGAUGCAUAACCUAUACUUGAACUUUAAAGCCGAAGUUGAUGUCCAGUUCCACAAACAUGAGUUGGACAUGACACCAGUAUUACAGGGAAAAGCACAUUGUGACAUUUAGGAAUAUCAGGGUAUCCGGCCCACACCGUUCUUACCGAAAUGUUCUUUGAUGGCCCAUGUGUUCAUAUGAUGAUUAUCUUCCUGUUUGUUGUACAUACAAUCCAUAGCAAAUCUGUAAUGAUCCGAUUUUAUGGUCCAAAUGAUGUUUGUUCCCUUUGUGAUUUAUUGAUUUUCAUGUGUACAUAAUAGAUGGGAAAUAUGGAAAUGAUCUAAUGUUUAACUAAUAGGAGGAGAAGGUGUGGCCAAUAUAUCCUAAAUUUUAAGAUAAUAAAUGUUGAGUAUUGGAUCACUUAUGGACAUUGGCGAGCAGUAAUGUGGUGGUUUUUCUUUUGCUUUGUCUUUACUUCCAGCCCAGCAGGGGACACUACAGAACCAUCAAUGUAAUAGAAGUGACUCUAGAAUCCUAACAGCUUUGUAAUAAUUCAUUUGUGCAGUUCCUUCAGAUGACAGAAUUGGUUGUUUUGAAUAUAUUACCAAGUGGAGAUCUGUAUGUGCGCAUCUACAUACCUGUUGAGGGUCUUCUUUCUUCCUCUGUGUGUCUGUGCUUGUUUAACUCUUUUACUCUUUCGCUUCUUUUUUUUUUUUUUUUUUUUUUUGAGAUAGUCAUGUUGUUCUAUUCAGCAGAUUCCUGUUCACUGUCGGAUGUUAAAUAUUAUUUAUGAUCUUGUCUUGUGUCACAGUUGUGAAACGCCUGAUAAAUUACUUGUAUCUGCCACAAAUACAUCUGCUGUUUAUUCAGUUCCUUCGACAAUGCUGAACCACAAUCUAACGGCAGUUUAAUGAUGAAAUCACAAACUCAUAACAAUAUUCUGGAGAUGAAAUAAAGUAUAGAUAUGACAUCCAACAAAUAGAUAAGUCACAGAAACAAGCUGCAGCUGGGCCUUUCAGACUCCAUCAUAAACUUGAAAUUAUCUGAGCAUUAGAUAAGCAACAGAUAAUUUGCUUCUCAUAUCCCAUAUAAAUCAUUCAAUAUCAAAGCAUCGUUUAAAAACAUUAUUUGCCACAAUACCAUUUUGUCACUUUGGAUUUUGUAUUAACAUUAGCCACAUGCCACAUUAGCACUGGUGGCAUUAAUCUGAGAGUUUUAGUUUAAUUUUAUGUUAUUUGUAACAAUUACCCUCCAUUCUGGACCAACAUUAUGGGUAGGAAAAACCAUUAGGAAAACCUUUUAGACUUUAUUCAACUGAUAUUUUCAUUUAAAUCUGUUUAUAUUUAGGCUACUUUAUAUGUUCAUUAACAUUUUGCAAUGCAGUGUAAAGUAUAGUUUAUAGAUUCGUAGCAGAUUGAUAUUUGUUUACUUAAGAUUUACAUGAUUGUGUUCUUAAAGUUCUCAAGC